AAAAAAACUCAUUCACCCAAUUUUCUUCACACAAACCUCGAAGCCCGUAUCAUCACCGUCAAACCAAAAACAUGAAAAUCGUCGCAUCCAUCACUGUACAGCACCACCAUCUUCUUCUGCCCAGACCCACAACCACCUCCCUUCACAUUCUUCUCCUUCUCUUCCUUCUCACAAAAUGUGAUAUUCAUCCUUCAUCUUCUCGUUGGCCCUUCAAACCCUUGUGAUCUCUUUACAUACUUUCUCUAUUUCCCUUUUUUUACCUUUUUUUAAUUUCUUCUGUUUUAUAAGAACCUGAUCAUUUACCUUAAAAUUUCGCAAUUCCCUGUUUCAUAAGUUGACCAAGACCCACACUUCUUUCUGUUCUUAAUAGUUGCCAACCAGUUUUAGGGAUGAGGAGAACUGUAUAUUACAGUGCUGUACCUCAAGGUCCUCAAGUUGAUGAGGCGUGGCCUAUCAAGAAGUCACUAACGUUGUCUGAUGUGGAUAUCACACAUCCAUUCCUUACAUUGUCUCGGCAACAAGUUGAAAAUCAUAUUGUUGUCCACAUGACACCCCAGCAACAGGAGAUCUUGAGAGCCCAAGGGCAUAUAGAUUUUAAUGCUCAAGAUGAUGACACAGGUGAGAUGUAUGGCAUGAAGCUGAAGUGGCGAGGGAGUUAUUACAACCUUAUUGGAAAAUGGGGUAGAGUUGUCCGAAGCAAAGGACUCGAUGUUGGACAAGAGAUUAGAAUUCGCUGGGACAAUGGGUACUUGCACUUCUCUGCCCCACAGCAGCUGAUUCCUGCAGUGGUUACACCUGUCCGAAUGGUUGCAGCACAAGCUGUGCAUGACCAGUGGCCUAUUAGGAAGGUGUUGACUGUGUCUGAUGUGGACACAAAUCAUCCAUUUCUUCCUUUGCCACGCCGAAUGGUUGAGGAUCAUAUUCUUGUGCAUUGGACACCACAGCUGCAAGAGCAGUUAAGAAACGAAGACCAUGUGAAUGUGAAUGCCCGGGAUUAUGAUAGUGGAGAAGAUUAUCAAAUGAAAAUAAAAUUGAGGGGAAAUUUCUAUAACCUUAUUGGGAAAUGGGGGACAAUCAUUCGACAGAAAGGGCUUGGUGUUGGGGAAGAGAUCAGAAUAUGUUGGGUAAAUGACUGCUUGUACUUUUCAGUUCGCCAAGAGCACUAUGUUGCAACAAGUUCAGUGCAAGAUAAUUGGCCAAUUAAGAAGGCACUGACCUUAUCUGAUGUGGAUACCAGCCAUCCAUUCCUUACUCUGCCAGGCAAAGCAGUUGAAGAUCAUAUUCUCUUUUACUGGACACCACAAGCCAGGGAGCAGCUGAGAAAUGAACGUCAAAUGGAUGUUAAUGGUCAAGAUGAAGACACUGGUGACCUCUACUUGAUGAAGUUGAGAUGGCGUGGUAGCUACUAUAACCUUAUUGGUAAGUGGGGGAAGAUCGUUAGAGAAAAGGGACUCCGUAUUGGCAUGGAGAUAAGACUGCGCUGGGAUAAUAGGUGCUUGCACUUUUCAGUUCCUGAAUUACUGCAUAACUAAAUGUACAAAGCAUGCUUUUGAGACUAUUUGUUCAAUGUGUCUUUUUUGGGCAUUCAGGUGGGUGGCCUUGAAUAGACUGAUCAUUUAUGCAGGCUGGAAAUGAUACGCAUGAAGUUGUUCAAGAGCAAAUACAACAAGGCAUGUUUACGGUAAAUUUGGUGAAUCCACAUCUGUCCCAAACAAUAGACUUUGGGUUUGGUGAUCAGUAGAUAUUCCCAAACGGCAAACCUUGGGAUAUCAAUAGAUAUUUCCAAACAGACAGAUAUUUCCGGAAGUAUUUGGGAUCAGAAGAAAACUUUGGCCAGGGACCAGUAUACCAUCAAAGAUUGAUCCAGCAGAUCCUUUCAUGAAGGUCUGCCAGACUAGUAUGCAACACACCCCUUACCUGCCGGGCUGGUAUGCUAAUUGUGCAUCAAAGACUUUCAUGCAUGCAGGUCUGCUGGACAAAUCUACUUAUAAACUAGUAGAGGCUAUUCAGAUAUUAAGGGCAAAACACCUGCUUCUGUCAUUCGUGAUGCUGUUCCUUAGAAGAACAGAUGACGCCGAGAUUCUAAAGUUUCUUGUAGAUUUGGUUCCCCUCUUCUCAUGCCAUCACUUUUAGCGGUGGGAUUGUGCAAGAUAUACCAAUUUAAUUAAUUGGUUGAUUCUGGAGGCCGUCAUGCCACCCUUUUCUUAUUCCAGCUUCUUAAAGGUAUUCAACUCGAUCUCCAAUAGAUUGACCUGCUGUCAUGGUAUGCACUACAAGAAUUCUGGGCAUGUACUCGUGGAUCACUUGCCAGUGCAACUUUUUGAAUGCUAAAUCUGUAUGGUCCGAGGAAAUGAGUGACAUGCCAACUCUUAGACUUUGGAAAUGGACUGGGGGAAGAGUAUUUCAAUGUUGUGAAAGCAUCUGCGUCAGCGUAUCUGGGGAUGCAUAUACGCGUCUUAUGACACUGCUCUCUGUUGAAUCUAUGUGUUAGCCGGUGUGCAUCUGCAUUCAUUCCUGCAUUUGCGUGCCAAUUAUGUAUCCCUAAACCCUAAACCCCCCAAAAAAUGCAGAUGCACAAGAAACAACGUGAGAGCUUCAAGUGAGUACUCGAAUGAAUCCAAUAGUAAAUUGCUUGUGUUUGCAAGAGCACAAGAAGCUCCGGGCGCCGUGGGGAGGUGGACUACUACUAUGCAGCACAAGUGCACACCAUCUGCUUCAUUGCCACUUCCUUCUAUGAAGUUGUGGUUUUCAUUCUUGUGUAGAUUUUUGGCAUUAUAAUCCUAUUCUUGUUUUACUUUGAUAUAAGAGUAGUAUUAUGACUCUGAUUCUUGUACCAGGAAAGACUGGUGAUUUUGAGAAAAUUGUUUUUUUUUUUGGUCAUUCUGACCUUGCUGUUAUUCAUCCCCGAUAUGUGGUCUGUGUACCAAAAGUCAAUACAUUUCAUUUGUGUGUAUUGUAAUAUUGUAUAAUGCCAAUACUUGUGUGAGUCAAACUAUCUGUUAGUUAUCAUGCCAAUACUACUCUUGUAAGUAAGGUUAUAUUUGCUUGGAAAUAUAAGAUUUUCAUGUUUGGUUCAA